CUGUUGUCAACACAGGAUUCUAUUACUGUUAUUAUUUUUCUUAGGCAUACUAGCAGAGAAAGAGCAAAAUGGACGCAUUGCCGUCGGCAGCGUAAAACUGGAAUAAAUUUACCAUGUCUUCUGGUAAAUCGUUGCAAAUUUUUAAACAAAAGGUUGAAAAUGCAGUCUCUAUGGUUGCCACUAUGGCAGCAGAGCAAAAAUUGGAGGCUGUCCAGUUUUGGAACACCAUGUCUGAAAAACUGCAGGAAAUAGUGAAUCAUUCAGCUGCAGAUAUCAGCGCUCUCAGUUUGGCCAUUGAAAAAGAGAAGGAAGCGACUGAAUGCGCCGCAUCAUAUCAAGAAACUUACAAAGAGUAUUUAACUAAACCAAAACUUGAGAAAACAGAUGACAUAGCAAGGGAUCAAUUGAAUAUUGUUACCCUGAAAUGCUCUAACUCCAUAGAAAACAGUGACUCCUCGGUCAUUUGUGAAAUAUGCGGAAAGAAGUUUGGCUCUAAUUCAGCACUGAGUGCUCAUAAAUCUUGCCACGCUAAACCUUUUGAAUGUGAAGAGUGUGGUUUCAAAUUUUCCACAAAGAAUAAUUUAAUGGUCCACAGGCGAUGCCACACUGGGGAAAAACCAUACACGUGCAAGGCGUGCGGCAAUGCUUUCACAACCAGUGGAAAUUUGGCAAGACAUGAAAAAAUCCACUCGGGCGACAAACCUUGGAAGUGUGACGAGUGCGGUUCCCAUUUCACUGAAAAGAAGUCAUUGAAGGUGCAUCAAAGACUUCACACUGGUGAACGACCCUUCCAGUGUUCGGAGUGUCAAAAGUCGUUUACGCAAAAAUCUGUGCUCCAGUCUCACAUGGCCAUGCAUCUCAACCAAAAAGCGCACCUCUGCGAACUGUGCGGCAAAUCGUUUCGGCAAAAGGCGCAGCUCAGGAGCCACAAAAUGCGCCACAAUAAUAUCAAGCGAUACAGUUGCACAAAGUGCCCAUCACAAUUUUUAACCAGAGGCGAUUUGCUUCGACACGAGAGGACGCACACUGGUGAAAAGCCAUAUUUGUGUCAGCUUUGCAAGAAGACGUUCACCAGACAACAGACCCUGACUGAACACAUGAACCGCCACUAUGGCCUGCGCCCUUACAAGUGCAAAUACUGUCCAAAGAGUUUUACAGAAAUGUCUGCUAGCUACAAGCACAAUAAGAAGCACGAAAAGAAUGAUAAGGAUUUGACCGUGCCACAGACUGCAGAAAUGGAGGGUGACAAGGAGUCGAUAUAUAUCAUCAGCAACGCUGACAUUGGCGUGGAAAUCGAAGGCGUCAUUCAACAGGGUAUUGAAUCAAUGUUGUGACAUCUCAUUUGAGAUCUUUCAGCGCGACUGUAAAAAAAAAUUAUACAUACGUUUGGACGAUGCAUGAGAUGUGAGAACAGUGGUACCGACAAUUUACGCAAAUUGGUACAAUUCCAAAGAAUAAAAAUAU